AGGCCGGAAGUUAUUCCAGCCGGCUGGUGUUUCCACGGACGCCCAGGAGGUACCGGUGGCUGAACCUAGGGUGCUGACUGGUGGGGCCGAAGCGGGGCCGCCGAGUCCUGUCUCAACUGCUGAACACACUACUCACAAGUCAGCUGCAGGCCUGGGUCCUAGAAGAUGGCAGACAUGCCCAGUGGCGAGUCCUGCACCUCUCCACUGGAGCUGUUCAACAGCAUAGCUACUCAAGGGGAGCUCGUGAGGUCCCUCAAAGCUGGAAAUGCACCAAAAGAUGAGAUUGAUUCUGCAGUAAAGAUGUUGUUAUCAUUAAAAAUGAGCUAUAAGGCUGCCAUGGGGGAGGAGUACAGGGCUGGCUGCCCUCCUGGGAACCCAACAGCUGGGAAGAAUAGUGACCCAGAUGCCACAAAAGCCAGCGAGGAUUUUGUGGACCCUUGGACAGUGCGGACAAGCAGUGCAAAAGGCAUCGACUAUGACAAGCUCAUUGUUCAGUUUGGAAGCAGCAAAAUUGACAAAGAGCUGAUAAACCGAAUAGAACGAGCCACUGGCCAAAGACCGCACCGCUUCCUGCGCCGGGGCAUCUUCUUCUCCCACCGAGAUAUGAAUCAAAUUCUGGAUGCCUAUGAAAAUAAGAAGCCGUUUUACCUGUACACGGGCAGGGGCCCCUCCUCUGAAGCAAUGCAUCUGGGUCAUCUCGUCCCGUUUAUUUUCACAAAGUGGCUGCAGGAUGUGUUCAAUGUGCCUUUGGUCAUCCAGAUGUCUGAUGAUGAGAAGUACCUGUGGAAGGAUCUGACGCUGGAGCAGGCCUACAGCUACACCGUGGAAAAUGCAAAGGACAUCAUUGCCUGUGGCUUUGACAUCAACAAAACUUUCAUCUUCUCUGAUCUUGAGUAUAUGGGGCAGAGCCCAGGCUUCUACAAGAAUGUGGUGAAGAUUCAAAAGCAUGUCACUUUCAACCAAGUGAAGGGAAUUUUCGGCUUUACGGACAGUGACUGCAUUGGGAAGAUCAGUUUCCCUGCUGUCCAGGCUGCCCCUUCGUUCAGCAACUCUUUCCCGAAGAUCUUCCGAGACAGGACGGAUAUCCAGUGCCUCAUCCCGUGUGCCAUCGACCAGGAUCCGUACUUCAGAAUGACGAGGGACGUGGCCCCCAGGCUCGGUCACCCUAAGCCAGCCCUGCUGCACUCGACCUUCUUCCCUGCCCUGCAGGGCGCUCAGACCAAGAUGAGCGCGAGUGACCCCAACUCCUCCAUCUUCCUCACCGACACGGCCAAGCAGAUCAAGAGCAAGGUCAACAAGCAUGCAUUUUCUGGAGGAAGAGACACUGUGGAGGAGCACAGGCAGUUUGGGGGCAACUGUGAGGUGGAUGUGUCCUUCAUGUAUCUGACCUUCUUCCUUGAAGAUGACGACAGGCUGGAGCAGAUCAGAAAGGAUUACACCAGUGGAGCCAUGCUCACUGGGGAGCUCAAGAAGACACUCAUAGACGUCCUUCAGCCCCUGAUUGCGGAGCACCAGGCCCGACGCAAGGCGGUCACUGAGGAGACUGUGAAGGAGUUCAUGACACCCCGGCAGCUGUCCUUCCACUUCCAGUAAUGUCUCUUUUCUGUGGCAAAUCUGUCUGUAAUCCCACCCUGUCAAAUCAAGUCACACUCCCAGUAGGCUUCUGUCACGUCGUAAUUCCUGGACCUGGGUCUCUGUGCACUUGUGAAUUCUGGAUGCUGUUUCUUCUCUGAUGUCUCUCUAUCUGUUGUCUGCUAAGGGUGAUCAGGUGAUGCUAAUGCUGUGUGGUCAGAUAGAACCCUAGCCCACAUUCUCUCCCACAAAGAGCCCAGAGGUAGUGCCUCCCUGGCCCACAGAGGACUAUCCACCCAGCAGCCUAGGGUUCCAAAACAAAUUCUGAAAUGUAUUCCAGUUUUUUUUUUGAAAGUGUGUGUGCCCAAUUGGCCAUGGUGGGACGCACUUUAUAAUCUCUGUACUCAGGAGGCUUAGACACAAGUUCUGAGCCAGCCUGGUAGUAAUCUGCAUUUGAUUCUGCUUCUGUGGAGUCACAAUGUCAUUAAUGUAAAACUGAAAACUGCUGUGAAAAACUGACAAGGAGACAUGUAGUGGGACAUGCCGCUGCUCCAGCCCACACCACACACACACUCACACACACACUACAUUUACAUGUAAUGUGUACAAGCUUUGCUUUAUACUUGGCUAAGAAGCCAUCAGCUUUGUCUUGGAGGUGUAGCUCAGUAGUAGAGCACUCGCCUAGCAUGCGUGAUGCCCUGGGUUCAGUCUCCUGCACCACAGAGCCGGAUGGAUAAUUGAGCUCUAUGCUUUUAACACUGAUUAUGGACCAGGCUGGGUCUUUUCUACUAACCUGAGGCUGAGGUAACUAAACUCCAGAUCCCGCGUGCCGUCCACUCCAGAACCAUGCUUGCUGCCCUUAGUGUACUAACUUCCCCACAGAUGGCCCAGACUCCGCCUUAUAAAGCCCAGUGGUGGCUUCUCCCGGCCACCAGACUCUAAGGACAGUCUGUUGCCUUUGCAGAUGCUUUUGCUUUGACACUUGACUGAAGUGGAGGGCAGGCCAGAGCAGUGUGCUGGCCAUGCCUCAGGCCGCUGGACCAUAGCUAGACAGAAAAGAACAGCAGCUGUCCAGGCCCCAGCGUUCUCCCUCUGGGCUGGCUGCAUAUCAUGAGCUACCACUCAGAGUCUUGGAAAAGCAGAAGUCAUAUCUCAGGGAAAGCCCCUGGUUGAAGUGUCUGUCCUCUCUGAAGGCACAAGGGCCACUCUGAGUGUUCUGUCCUUGCAUCAUUUUCAGGCAAAAAACAAUAAACUGUGUUGUGCUCC